AAUUUAAAUAUGCUUUAAAUUUUUCUCGUAUAGGACGGGUUGGAAAUGAUGCCUUUCGCUUGCAAUAUAAACAUCAAGAUUGCUGCAAUUUUCAACUUUACGCCGCCAAACCCAGAUCGUGAUAAUGAAUUCUGACCUCCGGAGUGGCGGAGAAAGCCGUCCCUGCGAUUUCUGCAAUCAGGAAAUUGCGAUCCUUUAUUGCCGAGCUGAUACAGCUAAGCUGUGUAUCUUUUGUGACCAACUAGUUCAUUCAGCUAACGCUCUCUCCAAGAAGCACCUUCGUUCUCAGAUCUGUGAUAACUGUGGCUCCGAACCUGUCUCCAUCCGUUGUGCCACGGACAACCUCGUACUCUGCCGAGAAUGCGAUUGGGAUGCUCAUGGAAGCUGUGCAGUAUCUGGCACACACGAUCGGAACCCAGUUGAAGGGUUCUCCGGCUGCCCUUCUGCUUCUGACCUGGCUUCAGCUUGGGGUUUAGAUAUUGAGGCCAAGAAACGACCUCACAAGCAGCCCACCUGUCCUUCUUGGAUGUCUAAGGAUGCUCCUCCUCCUUCUAUCUUGUUGCAAGAUUUGAUGGUACCUAGCGUUAAUAAUUCUGGGAUUUACUCCAUUACUGCCUCUGCUCGUGAGGUGGGUAGAAAACAAACUCCAACUUGUGGCAAGCAGAAACAAGUGAUACUCAAACAAUUAACUGAGCUAUUCAAGAGGGAUUUAGCUGAUGGGGUUGGAGCUGGAGCGGAAGAUUUGGUUCUAAAGACACCUAAUGACAGUAGUGAUUGGCAGGGAAAUGUUAAUGUGAUGGAUGGGAGUGAUGCAGUCAUGGUUGGUGUCGCUCAGAAGCUUGAGCAGCAACAGCCGCAAAAUGUGCCUUUUAACUCUUUGAUUAUUCCUCAUAAUCCAAAAGACAGUGACCAAGUGGUGGAACGAAACAUUUUGUGGAGCGAAAAUUCCUAUGAUCAAAACACUCAGAUAUGGGAUUUUAAUCUAGGGCAGUUGAGGAGCCAUGAACAGUCCCGCUCAUUGGAAGCAGACUACAGCGAGAGCGACAUGGCGUACAUGAUGAAAAGCUAUGAUGAACUCAUAAGAGGAACAUCAUUAGCAUCUUCAAAAGGAUUAGGAUUUUCUGGCAUUAACUGCUCUGCUGCCCAUGAUGAUAUGACAGCCUUCAGUAAUAAUUCGAACAACCGAGCAGCAAGCCAGGGGCCAGCGACAUCUGAGAGCAACAAUUUACCAAGAAUAAAGAACUCAUCCGACUCAGGUUAUGUUAAGCCAAAAUGCUGUGGUGUAUCUACUGAUCUGAACUUUAUGGACCAAAGCAUUGUUGUGGGAGGUGAAAACAGCUGUGCAGAAACACUCAAGGCUGAUAUGGAGCUUAUGGCAAAGAACAGAGGAAAUGCAAUGCAACGUUAUAAGGAGAAAAAGAAGACACGAAGAUAUGAUAAGCACAUUCGAUAUGAAUCGAGGAAGGCAAGAGCUGAUACUAGAAAGCGAGUUAAGGGUCGAUUUGUCAAGGCUAAUGAAGCUCCAGAUUGCUGAAUACCUGUUGAAUGACUGGGGAUAAGGAUUUGUUUGUCUCUGUAUGUAUAUAUUUUUUAGUCUACCUAAUCUUUGUAAGCUUAGGUUUGCUGUGAUUCUAUAUGUGGCACCAAUUGUUAGUUAAUAUUCUAGUCACGCUUUGUGCUUCUGCGUAUAUAUCAAGUGCUCGCAUGUACAACCUUGAUCUUUGAUCAGGUUUGUGGCUAGAUUCCUCACUGGGGAGCCAGCUUUUUGAGUCAAGUCUUGGAAGUGGAUAGACUUGAUACAAUGAAUUCACUCUCCCUCUGGCAAUACUUGUAGCUUGAUGUCUUUUUUAGUGGCAUGCAUUCCUUCUUUCGAGAUCUGAGUGAUCAAAUUCUUGAUGUGUUAAGCUGAUGAUGAUAAACAGUAAGUUAUAAUCCAUUCAACACCUGUUAGUUUC